AUGUCAACUUUUCAACAAAAUCAAUCGAAUGGUUUUUCUCCAAUACUUUUAUCUCCAUCGUCAGCUAGCAAUAAAACAAUAACACAUAAUCAUCUAGUUUUAUUUGAUAAUAGUGAUCAAGGUUCAGUUGAUUCUGAUUAUACAUCAUUGGAUAGUUCGAAAUUUUAUGGUAAUGGUGGUUCAUCAUCAUCACUUCAUCGUCAAGGACGUUCACAAUCAAUUGAUGAAUUAGCCUCAACAACAACUAUACCAACACGACAUUUUAAUGGAACAUUAAAUGUAAAUAAAUUAAAUAAUGAUCCAUUACAAUUUGUUAAAAUUCAUCCUAAUCAUGAUUUAAUUGAACGUGCUCAAGUACAAUUAACCUUAUUCGAAUCAAGAAAACGUUUACAGGAAACUUUUAAAUUAAAUAAUCAUAAUCUUAAUAAUGAUCUUCGUAAUAAUACAAAGUCAAAUAAAAUGAAUGAUGAUGAUGAUGACGAUGAUAGAGAUUGGUCAAAGGCUGUUGAAAAUUGGCGUCAAAAACGUGAACAAAAACGUAAACAAAGCUCAGUUCAAAGUCCUAAUGACGAUGACGGACCACUAUCAAUACCAGACAAUGAACGAUCACCUCCUAGUCCUAUUAAAACAUCAAAUAAAUCAGAAGCUAAACCUCCACGUCCUCCUGUUCCAACACCAUCGACCGAGGCACCAUUACCAUCUACAACAAAUGAAUCCACUGAACAGUUAACAGUGCCUAAUCGAGCACCAUCUAAAAGCCCAUCACCUCAACGAAUUAGAGGUCCUGCUAAAAUACAUGAAGUAUUUAUACAGAAAGGUGUUGAAGUACGUGGUUUUGGUUUUAAACUGAACGGUGGACCAGCACAAAAUCGUCCGAUAUAUAUUUCAACACUUGAAGACGGUAGUCCUGCUGAUAAAGCUGGAUUAUGUGUUGAUGAUGAACUCAUAGCAAUGAAUGAUGAAAAUAUUGAACAUAUGACAUUUGAUCAAGUACGAAAAAUUCUUAAAGAACGAAAUUUACGUGGAAGUAUUAAAAUGCUUGUUCGAACUUAUGAAGAUAUUGUUGAUGAUAAUUCUCAAACAAUUACAAGUGGACUUACAGUUGAACAACAUAGUAGAACACCAUCACCACAAAAACCUUUAUCGAAUUCUCGAUCUACUACACCUGCAUCGUCUUAUUCUUCAACAAUGACACGUACAACUGAACUUUCAUAUACUACUCCAUCUAAUAUUCAUUCUCCUGUUUAUGAAUUUCCACCUUAUACUCCACCUUCGUCUAUUCCAUCAACUGAUACAAUUAAAACUAUUCCAGUACAACAAACACCCAUCAUACCAUUAACUAUUGGCGCACCAAAACCAUUUCGUUCAACACCUUCAAUUAUGUUAGAUUCACCAAAUUCUAAUGAAACCACAACAAAACCUGUUGUUGACGAACAACCAUCAUCUGUAUCGAAACCAACAUUACCAAAUUUAGAUAAUGCAUCUAAUUCGAAUCCAGUAACACCUUCAUCCGAUGUUAUCAAACCACCAGUACCACCUACAGCUACUAAACCGAAAUUAUCACCACCACCACCAUUAACAUCAGUUGAAGAUUUACUACAUGGCACAUCAGAUAACAAUAGUCAUGAUCAACAACGUAAUGAAUCUCUUAUUACUCAAACACGUCAAUCAGUCGAAAAACAAAUGAAUCAACUACAACAAGAACUGAUCCUCGAUUUUCCUCAUGCACAAAAACCACGCGAGCAAGCACCAAUAAAUAUACCAAUUAGUUUCGUUAAUGCUCCUAUGCUAUCAUCAAUUUCACAACAAGAUUUAAAUUUAAUGCAUAAUAAUAGUAAAAUAAAUGGUAGAAAAGUCAAUCAAUACGAAAAUGUUAUUAAUUAUUUAGAAACUUCGCAUCAUCAUCAACAACAACAGCAACAACAAUCAUCACCGAGUUAUUUAAAACGAUCUUUACAAGAUAUACCAUCAAUGUCAACAAUAAUGAAUCGUUCAUCUGCAGCACAUCCAUCUGAUCGUACAGUAACUGAAAUGAAAAUAAGUUUACCUUCACCAACUUCACUUCAACAGCAACAACAAAAGAAAGUUACGAGUCUAAUUGAUGAAAAAAAACCACAACAACGUAUUACAAAUAAACAACUUCAUACAUCAUUGAAUUUAGUACCAAAAAAGAGUCAUCAUGAAGAUCGUUCAUGGAUUACUAAUGAUCAACAGAAACCAUUAGUUAUUGCAGCACCACCACCACCACCCUUAGCAUUAUCAUCACAUAAAACAGGAAAAAAUCCUACUAGUCAUCGUCCUAUAUCACAAACUUAUCAACAAGAUUUACCAAUGAAUGUUUCAACAUCAAAACAAAUAAGUAUGUUUCACUAUGGUGAACCUGUUGAUAAUCUUCAUUAUCGUCCCUUACGUAAUAAUAAUCAUCAACAACAACAACAGCAAAGAGAUUUUGAUGUAUCUGCUCAUCGACAUCAACAAAAAAAUCGAACUAAAUCACCGAUUCGCACUACGAUUAAUAGUAAUAACAAUCGUGUUUUAUCUGUUAGUGGUAAAUUACAUUGUUCAAGAUGUAAUGAAGAAUUAGGUCAAGGUUCAGCUAUGGUUAUUGAAUCACUCGGCUUAUAUUAUCAUAUAGAAUGUUUUCGAUGUUUUGUUUGUAAUAUUCCAUUAUCAUCAUCAUUCGAAGGAACAGAUGUUCGCGUACGAAGUAAUCGACUUCAUUGUCAAAAUUGUUUUUCAGAUGAAAAUGGCGUCUGGAGAUCAAACAUUCUUAACGCUAUAUCGCAUAACACUGCAAGCAUAAAUUGA